AUUCUGACGUGACACCACCACUGUACCGCCACCGCACGCACUCACCCGGCCGGCAAGCUACAUUACAUGACCAGUUGAGAAGGCGCAGCAGCGGGGAUUUCCUCUGCCAAAGAUUUCCCCACCUUCCCCCACCUUCCCGAGUUUCGCCGCAGGCCAGAUGCGUUCAUCGUCACCUGAUCUGGCCACAGUUCAGGAAUUCUCACCAGUGACAGAGGGCUCUCUGUGGUUGCUUUGAAAACAAGUGUGAACUAUCACUGACUUAGUGAGCAGUAUUUUUAUGGGAAGAGAAAAGCUCCAUGAGCAGCCCUCCGGUCGUCUGAUUGAAUCCCUUAAAAUGGAGAGGGUUAGGACCAUUCUGACUCAUGGAUACCCAUACCGACAUGAGCACUCGACACAUUUCAUCAUUAGGAAGACUAUCAAGCCAAACUAUUCAAACUUUAGUCGUUGGUACGUUGCAUGGAUAUUCUUGGCAGCAUUAUACCAUCUCCCUAGUUUUCAGUCAAUGGGGUUGGAUUUGAUGAUGAAUCAUUCCCUGCUCCUCGCUAUUUAUGUUUCCUCUCUAGUUUUCUUUAUCAUCUUCCGCGUCAUAUUUCUUGGACUCUGGUAUUUGGGUCUUGUUUCUCGCAUAGCAGAGAAACAGCAAGUGAUGCUUACUAUAAUCCAAAAUUGUGCAGUGAUAAGUACAGCUUGCUGCGUGUUCUACAGUCACUGUGGUAGCAGAACUCUUUCGAGGGACAAAUCCAUUGAUCGUAGAACUGCUAACUGGGUUGCAUUUUCUCUGUGGAGAAAGCAAAAUGAGGACAAUACACUGAUUUCAAAGCUAUUGCGUAUGCAUAAGUUUAAUGACCAGAUUUGCCCAUCCUGGUUUGCUCCGGUUCGCUCUGCCAGUGAUUACCCACCUUCUGUUCGUGCUUGCAUAUCUCUUCUGUUUAUUUACUGUUCUAUUUUUAUCUUGGUAUGUUUGCUCCAAUUAGCUUCCAAUGGAUCCGAACACUCCAACAUCAUUUCACCUGUCUACUCUUUCUGGGCUAUAUUCAUUGGACUUUGCAUGGCUAAUUAUGUCGUGGAGUGGUCAACUGGAUGGGCUCUAACUCAUCCUUUACCAAUUUCGGAGUAUGAGAAUCUGAAGAAACUGUUGAAACCUGAUUUUGAGGACACGGUUCGUCAGUAUUCUGCGACCUCAACAGAUUUGCUUAAAACUGUUUUCAACCUCAUGAUAUCAGUCACACUUUUUGUUGGUCGAUUUGACAUGCGUAUGAUGCAGGCUGCUAUGAACAAAGGUCCAGACGAAUCUAAGAGCGGCGACCUUUUAUACGAUCAUCUUGAUGGAAAAGACGAACUUUCAUUUGACAUCAUUGCAGAUGCCGGCGAUUGUGGCAACUCUACAUAUGCCAUAGCACCCUUACUUGCUCAACGUUCUUUAGUCGUAAAAUCUGAUGAUUCCAGGCUUAUAUUUCCCGGUGGAGAACUACUACUUAUUGAUAUCCAAAUCCAUGCUCAUUUACAUAUGAGCAGCAUUGUUUCUGCCCUUUUGAGUAUGCUCUCCAGCCUCCUGCUUGGUAUACGCCUGAACACAUAACAUUGGAAAACCCUGAACUUCCUCUUGGAGUUUCUGAGCUCAGGCAGUAUAGCCGGCCACAAUGUUUUAUGAUUCCUGGCAACCACGGUGGAUCAUAUUGCCGCUGGUGAUCACUUGGCUCCCCCACCCGUCUAACCAGAUCUAACCAGAUGUCAACCAUGCAGGUCAUAUAUCUUUGAGGCGGAUGGCACGCUAGGGAUCCAUACACGUCAUACUGCCAUGAAAGAAAUUGUUGAUAUAUGGGUGUUGCAGAACUAUGAAAGCGAGGUUUGAGUCUUAAAGUACCGAAUCAAACUGCCGGUUGCAGAAGUAAUGGGGCGGUUUGAAGGCUGCGAUGAAUUGUGGUAUGUGAAUGUUGCUUUGGAGCAUGGUCGAGUGUCUUUACUGGCGAGUGUGGGCGAAUGGGUGUUUCACAUUGACAGUGAUGGAAAAUUGGUGGACAGUUUUCAUCGUGGUGUCGGAAGCCUCUGUGGGUAUGGAUUUCGGCUCAAACAAUCUCUUGUUCCGCACAGUUUCUUUACGGCACUCGAAGUCUCUGUUGCGAGCACUUCACCUUUCAUCUGAUGGUGGUUGAGUGUGAGGUGGUGCUUCUUAACUGCGUGGUUUUCGCAUCCUCUAGGCUGGAAUACCUUUGAAUCAGACCAAGUAUGAGCCGGCUGGCUUCUUCUUUUUUACUUUGAUGUAUACGAAGUUGUGAUCAGAAGCUCUGAAUUUUUUAUGUGCUUGCAUCAUUACAUUGUUUUCUGUUGCAUUAUUUCAAGGACUAGUGCUUCAUGGAAUGUUCGAUCUUAAGUUUCAGAAGCAAAAUUUUCUUGUACCACUGUGCACAAGAGAAAGGUUUGUCACA